UAAUAUAUAUGUUUCAUUAAUGUUCCAGGAGCCUCCUCAGAACCUUGAGGACUUCUUGUUGCCAGAAGCACUUGAGCAGGUUCCUGACAUGUAUGUGGUGGGCACGCAGGAAUCUGGAGGCAGCCGAUCGGAGUGGGAGGUGCGGUUACAAGCAGCUAUUGGGCCAUCACAUGUACUCUUCACUUCUGCAAUUUUUGGUGUCUUGCAUCUCAUCAUCUUUCUCAGGAGAGAUUUACUCUGGUUUUGCUCAGUACCUGAAGAAGCAACUUAUAGCCUUCGACCUGGUGUGGCAUACAAAACAAAGGGAGGUGUUGGCAUGGUUUUUUUUUUUUGGGGGGGGGGGGGGGAUGUAGGAAUAUAUGCCUAG